AGUAACGUGAAUUGUUUGAGUCAAAGGACAGCGGUGCUGUUCUAAAGUAGUGUGUGUCUGCGUGUGUUUUUAAGUGUACUUAAUACCUAACAUCUUUUGCUAAAUGUGUGGUACGUUCUUUCGGAUUAAUUUUCUGACCAGACCUUCAUGUUUGUGCAUUGCUUUCGUCUUAGUUCGUUAAUCUUACUAUUCCUCUCUGUCUAAUUGACAGCAGUUGAUAUUCGCAGGUCGAGCGCGUUGAAUCUAAUGUAAACAAACCCCGGUUUCGCGGUCGAUGAUUAGGUUGUUUUCAUCCACAAACUCGUCUGGAAUCACCGUCAGCGACUUUUACUAACCUGUGAAGUGUGUUGGACUCAGCGGGAGAUGAUUUGGCCGUGUGGUCAGGCCUUGGACUAAAGUUGAAGCCGUUUAAUUGAGUCUGUCAGAGUGUCAGAUUCGUCUCGAGGCCUCUUAUCUGUGGAUGAGGAAGUGAACGGACCGAGCUCACCCAGGAGAAAGGAUCCCAUUUCAUGGGAGAAUCCUGUUUCCUUUACUCCUGGGUGAACCGGUGAUCUGUCAAAAUGGAUGAGCAGGAGGCCCUGAAUUCCAUCAUGCAAGACCUGGUUGUGCUGCAUCGAUCCAGUCGACCAUCUGUUCUGUCUGACCUGAGCAAACCCAAGGCAUCCUCUCCCAAGAACCAGAAUGAUGUAAGGGUGAAGUUUGAGUACAGAGGAGAGAAGAGGAUCCUGCAGUUUCCUCGACCUGUCAGUCUGGAAGAUCUGAGCGCCAAAGCUAAAGUAGCUUUUGGGCAGAGCAUGGACCUGCAUUAUACCAAUAAUGAGCUUGUGAUUCCGUUGCGUACUCAGGAUGAUCUGGAUAAAGCUGUAGAGCUGUUGGAUCGCUCAGUACAUAUGAAGAGCCUAAAAAUCUUGCUGGUUCUCCCCUCCUGUACUCAGAACUCUGUCUCCAAGGACCUGUUGCCAGCUCACGAGAAUUUGGACAACACAGACUUCAGUGUUGCAGAUAAAAAGAACAUGCUGGCACUCAUAGGUUCUCAGUCAACCGAUCGUAGCUCUCCACCCCCAGGCUAUAUUCCUGAUGCUCUGCAGCAGGUGGCCAGAAACGGGUCUUUCACAAGCAUCAACAGUGAGGGCGAGUUCAUACCAGAGAGCAUGGACCAGAUGCUGGACCCUCUAUCUAUGAGCAGUCCUGAGAAUUCAGCGUCAGGCAGCUGUCCUUCACUGGACAGUCCACUUGACAGUGAUACCUAUCCCAAAUCCCGUAUGCCUCGAGCCUUGAGCUACCCUGAUAACCAUCAAGAGUUUCCUGAAUAUGAUAUACCAGUGUUUGAAAAAACAGGGAAGGGAGGAACCUAUCCUAGGCGAUAUCCCAUCUCGUUUGGUCUGCACGACUACAGCGAUGGGCGAAAGACCUUUCCCAGGGCGCGGCGGACACAGGCUCACGGUUUUCGUUCUCCAGUGAGUUUCAGUCCUACAGAGCAGCAGAGCCCCAGCACUAGCAGCGGAAGCAGCAUCUUCACUCCAGAGCUAGAAGAACCAGGGCGCAGACGCCGUGGCAGCGACAUAGAGCCCAGCUCUAACCCCACUCUCUCAGUCAUGGACAUCAGCCCUCCAAGCCGCUCCCCUCGGGCUCCCACAAACUGGCGUCUAGGGAAGCUUUUGGGGCAAGGAGCGUUCGGGCGAGUGUUUCUAUGCUAUGACGCAGACACCGGCAGAGAACUGGCUGUUAAACAGGUGCAGUUUGACCCGGAUAGUCCAGAAACCAGCAAGGAGGUGAGUGCUCUGGAGUGUGAGAUUCAACUGCUGAAAAAUCUCUUCCAUGAGCGCAUUGUUCAGUACUAUGGCUGCUUGCGGGACACACAUGAAAGAACUCUUUCCAUUUUUAUGGAGUACAUGCCUGGGGGCUCCAUUAAAGACCAGCUGAAGUCUUAUGGCGCUCUGACGGAGAACGUCACACGUAAAUACACACGGCAGAUACUAGAAGGCGUGUGCUACCUGCACAGUAACAUGAUCGUCCAUAGAGAUAUCAAAGGUGCCAAUAUCCUUCGGGACUCUGCGGGUAAUGUGAAGCUGGGUGACUUUGGAGCGAGUCGACGGCUCCAGACCAUCUGCCUGUCCGGAACGGGCAUUAAGUCAGUGACAGGUACACCUUACUGGAUGAGCCCAGAGGUCAUCAGCGGAGAGGGGUAUGGCAGGAAAGCUGAUAUCUGGAGCAUCGGCUGCACCGUGGUGGAGAUGUUGACCCAGCGGCCGCCCUGGGCGGAGUACGAAGCAAUGGCAGCCAUUUUUAAAAUCGCCACACAGCCCACCAACCCCACUCUGCCGCCUCACGUGUCGGACCACUGCCGCGAUUUCCUUAAACGGAUUUUUGUGGAGACUAAACAGCGUCCUGCUGCUGAGGACCUAUUACGGCACACUUUCGUCCACUAGCCACUCCCCCUUCCAUCUCUGACCAAUCAGAGACUUCCAUAAGUGUCUGUAGGACCAUCUCCUUUUCAGACUCCUCCUAGAAGGCCUACGAGCCCCUAGUCGGACCAGAGCGCAUAGCGAAGAGGGCAACGGCCUGAUCUCACACCUCCGCUGGGGCAGGAGGGUGAUUUGGAGCAGCUUGAUUCCGUACGAAAACAUUGCACCUUAAUUUCACUCAGGGGUAAGUACCCCUAAAGACUAACGGAUAUCGGUACCCCAAAAAACUAUCGGAUGUUGUCUUUUAAAGGCUUUCUUUUGUUCGUUUUUAAUGUUUUGAUAUCCCCCAUGAUUGUGGAGAGCCUUUGCUCUGGGGAGUCCAGUUGGGUUCUGGAUGCACUGGGUUAAUGCAGGAAGAUCUUGGAAUGUCAACCCCAGAACAAGGCAGGUACACCAAUACGCUGCUAAAGGGUAAAAGAAAAAAAGUGAAACGAAACAGAAUAGAUGACGAAAUGCAUGGGACUCUCCAGCCCGGCUGUCGUGGCUUCUAAAAGUUCUCAUUUUCUUGCACAGUCCUUCUAGAACUUACACACACGUACAUGAACUCUGAUCGAAGAUCUUACUGUAGAAUAUUUACUCACUAUGCUGUACAAACAUUUACGUUUGCUGAACUCUCACCUUCUGAUCGCAACCACAUACCGGAGUGUAUUCGCUCUUUCUAGCUCUAGAACUCGUCAGGAUCUUGUACCCGUUUCUGCUUUGUUUCAGUUUUUAAUGUGUGCCUUUUUACAACGUCUCCUUCUUCCUUCCUCCUUCCUUUUUUUUGUAUUCUGCUCUGUCUGAUCAUUUUUCUAGAUUUUCUAGGUUUAAUGCACAGCUACUCACAAGUCUUUCUGACUUUGAUCUGUACAGGAAUUAUUAGGACAGGUCGGCUCCUCAUACUGUUUCUAGAUCAGCAUAAGCAGCCUCUGCCUUUCCCCCCCUUUGGUCCCUCUGCUGACAAACUGAUCUCGGGUCAGAUUCACCUGUGCAUUCUCUUAACACAGUGCCGUACACUUCAAUCUGAUCAGGUAGGCAGGUUGAAUACACACUCACUCACCAAAGCGAAAAAAACAAAACCCAGACCACACAGGCAGGGUUUAGUGCCUGGACAUUUUACAGUAAGAGUCACUCUGAUUCCAGUAUAAAUCUCAAGAACAUCAAGUGUUAGAUUUGAAUAGAGAAAUGGAUUGCUCUCAAUAUGAACACUGUAAGUGCACUUCUAGUGAAGAAAACACAACCUGGAUCCUUUCUGCUGAUAUUUUCCAUGAUGUUUCAAGUCAUCAGAAGUGUUCUUGUCAGAAGUUCUCACUCUAAUGUAUUUCCGUAGAUUUCAGAAUAUGCAGAAGUUCACAAAUCCUAACAAAACUCAACACUUGACAGUACGGUUUGCCUAUAAAUUAACCUCGCUAUCCCAUGAUGCCUUGGGACAGGACGUUUCACCCGUUCACACUCUUUGUCAAGCACUUGGUUACACUCUCUAGUAGAUGCUCCUGAAUAUUUUAGUGAGCGGUCACGUUGCUGUUCAAGUCUCAUUCAGAGAUGUCUCCUAAACGUAGUGCUGUAGUGCCUGCCUUCAGACGUAGGUGAUUUCGUACCUUUUGCUCCUUCCUUAAUCCAUUGGGUUUGUUUUCUUUAUUCUUUGUGUCACAAUCUGCAGUUCUUAAUUAGAAAGCUAUUUAUUCUUUACCCUCUCAUAAAUAUGAGAGUUUGGUACUUGUGAGUUAGCAUACCUGUGUUAAUUUAAUAAUCAUAGAAUGGAAACACAAUUUAAGCAGUGAUUUCAUAUUGCUUACUUAUAGUGACCUGAGAAUAUACGAAUAAGCUUCAUACUUAUGGUCUGUUCACACAGGACAGGUUUUUGUGGUUUCUGCGCAAGCUGUAAAUUGUUGGUUUAUUAUGUGGGUCAGUGACAUUAUGCCAUAAUUAUAUUUUUAAUGUAUUUUUUUUUUCAAAGCUUCUGCUCACCAAGUCUGCAUUGAUCCAAAGUACAGCAAAAUCAGUACUUUUUAAAAAAUAUUUAAAUUUAAUACUAUUUAAAAUAACUUUUCUUUUUGAAUGUAUAUUAAAAUGUAAUUUAUUCCUGUGAUCAAAGAUACAUUUUCAGCAUCAUUACUCCAGCCUUCAGUGUCACAUGAUCAGAAAUCAUUCUAAUAUGCUGAUUUGCUGUUCAAGAAACAUUUUUUAUUAUUAUUAUCAAUAUUUAAAACACUGGAUUCUUUGACUAGACAAAUUAUAGAAAUUAAUACUCUUAUUUAAAAAAGGUGCUUUAAAUUGAUCAAAAGUGAUGAUAAAGGCUGUUCUUCUGAACUUUCUAUUCAUCAGAGAAACCUAAAAAAAUUCUACUUGGCUGUUUUCAACAUAUUAAUGUUUUUUUUUUUUUGAGCAUUAAAUCAGAAUAUUAGAAUGAUUUCUGAAGAAUCGUGUGACUGGAGUAAUGGCGCUAGUAAUUCAGCUUUGAAACCAGGGAUAAGUUACAUUUCAAAAUAUAUUUAAAUAGAAAACCGUUAUUUUAAAUAGUACAAAUAUUUAAAAUGUUUUGCUGUACUUUGCAUCAAAUAAAUGCAGGCUUGGUGAGCAGAAAAUACUUCUUUAAAAAACAAAUCUUCUGUUCAAAAGCUAUAUAUAUAUAUAUAUAUAUAUAGUAUAUCAGGGUGAUAACUGUCCUGAUAUAAUAUUUAAAAAAUAUUUGAUUUAAGAUGUAGCAAUAUAUUGAAAAAAACAAACAAACAAUUAUUUAAAUUAUUUAUUCUUAGUCUUUUAUUUAAAAAAAUGCUUUACUGUUUUGUAAUUUUUAAUUAAAAACCAAUGUGCUGAUGGACGCAAGAAAAGAAAACUUAUAUCAGGAAAUGAUAUUCAUAAACAGGGUCCGUUCAGACUCUUUAGAAAAUUUACGACAAUACUUUUUUGACAGGUUAGUUAAGGUUGUAAAAUGUCAUGUGGUGUUGGUACCCCAAAAACUUUAAGAUAUUUAACAAAAAUGUAAUAAAUAAUGAAUUCAUUAGUCUGUUUUACUUGAAAAAUCGAUUUUGAUUUUUAAAAAAUAGUGAUUAAAAUGUACGCUCAAGGCAUGUACUCAAGGAAUGUUAUUGGUUACACCAUUUUUACAGUUGUUAGACUCUAACUGAACCAACAAAAAGUACUUUUUUAAGAAUCAUGGAGGCUAUUUGUCAUUGACCCAUUGUUUGUUUUAAAACGAUGAACCAAUGAAGACUAAAAACAUUCUUUUCGAACUUGACCUGUCUAGCUGUUUCAAAGCAAGAACACGUCUUGUGUGAACGCUGUAACUGUAGCGUAAACUACCCCGGGCCGAUCGAAUGUGAUAACAUGAGAGCCUAGCUUUUCGCUGUCAGUAAGGAUAAUAAUAGCAAUGAGACUGCAUGUGGUACUCGUUUUUCAGAUAAUAUGAUUACACUCCAAGCAAACGUUUACAGUUUUCUGUUGGUGACUUAGAAAGUCUACCUCCAUUGUGUGGAGUUACUUAGGAAUGAUUUCAUGCGGCUGUUUCAGAUCACGAUAUCUGGAAGUGAAGGACAUGGAAGACCCGCUCACACAAUAGACCUACUGUAUUAGCAGUUCUCUAUCCGAGGCCCCCUUCAGUCAUGUAAACAUGGGCAGGCAACUAUGUUCACGCUUGCCCCUUUUAGCCUUUUUUGUUCAUGAUGCCAUGUGACUUGGGCCCACCUUUGCCAACCCUGGGUUGCUUUGGCAGUAUUUGAAGGAAUUUCUCCGCACUCAGUAUAAUGAGCAAAAUUUCUGGUCUGUAGAGGUUUAAAGUGCCAGUUCGUAGAACUAAAGCCACAUUUAUUUUCAUUCAAGCAUUACUCGUUCAGAUGUACAGACAUACUACAAAAAAGUAGGCAGUGUAUGUUUGUAAUGUAUGUACUGUUAAAAUUUUUCUUUUGAUGCUGAAAUGUUUGCACAUUUUGAGACCAUGAUUUUUACACUGAUUUUAAUACUUUUGCCAGUGUUCGUCAGUCAUUCUGUGCGCGCGCGUGUUUGUAAGCGAUGUGCGAUCUUAUGUGAGUCUGAAUGCUUGUUUUCUGUUGAAGCGGAUAUGAGAAAAAAACAAUUCCCCUGGUUACCAGCUUUGUUGGUUAGUCACAUGGUCACUCACUGAUGUAAAGUCUGGUUGUGGUCAAUUCAUUGCCACUGUUAUGUCGCAACUCGUUCCUCAAUCAUACGCACUUGCAGAGUUAACAGACCGAUUCAGAGUUGCACGUCUAAAUGCUGACUGGUGCCAAAGAAGCUGACUUGGACCAACAUGACUGGUAUCCUUGCCGGAGGUCGUUGUAAAGCAAAUUGGGAAUCUUCCUACUGGAAUGUAAUGUCAGAUUGUCUUUUCACCACUAGGUGGCAUCAUUCAACUAUUUGCCUGUAUAUAAAUUGAUUUUUUUUUAAAAUUAGAAAUAUCUCUCUGGUUUAACAUUAGAGUUUCAUAGCUGCAGAACACAUUGUUUAUUUAUGAAAGUAAUUACAGGAAGUUCUCCAUCAACUCAAACAGGCUGGAUUCGUUAGUGAAACACGCCACUGCUGCCACUCCAGGGUCAUGAAUGCACUUUGUAUUUGUUUGUGUGAUUGUUAUAUUGUCUGAGUGUGUUUGUCUGUGUUUCAAAGAGACUUCUUUUCUGUGUGCCGGUUGAGUGAGAUUAUUGCCAGCGCACUCAAUGCCUUGCGCCUUGUACAACUGAUGACAGAAAAGUAAAAAAACAAAAAAAACAAAAAAAAGAUAAAAACAAAAGAAGUUUAGAACUCUGAAAUGUACGUUUUUUUAGACAGUACACUUAUCUGGUACAGAACUUAUAUCUGUUGUUUGUCCUCUUUGUCUAUUGUAUGAGAAAAGCCAUGUUUAUAAUUCAAUUUGGUUUGUGACCAAUAAGCCUGUUUAUAUCAAAUCUGUAUAUCAGUGGUACGCAUAUUUUUUUUAUAUAUAUAUUUUUAUUUUCUCUGUUUUUUUAACUCAAAAUUCUAAGCAUGAUUGGCAUCGUAAAGGCCCACCGGGGCUCCGUGCUCUGCUGAUGGCAGUACUCAUCGGCCUAUUUGCAGGAUGACAUCAUGAGAUUGUCUAUGACGGCUGGCACUUUGUAAAGUGUUGCUAAUGAUGAUGAAAAUAAAUAAUAAAAGAUAUUUAUUUCA